GUACCUGUCUACAUCUCCACAGGAACCCUAGCAGGUCUCUGUGCUGCAGCUCCUCCAUCACUAUCAUCAUGGGGAUCUGCACGGAAACUACACCCAGCAGCUCUGGUAAAAACGGAUGCCGACCCAGUCCAGAGACAAAGGAGGCGAAAUCCAGAAAUUGCUGCUGCUCGCUGCUGCUUGCUGUUUCUGGAGAAAGAGCUCUAUGGGGAGUACCAAGAGAACCAAGGAGGCUCCGGUAGACGGGAGGCCACGCGCCUGCUGACAGAGAGACAAAUCAGGAAACACGGCGACCAUCACCGCGGCCGCGGGAAGACGCGGCAUGGACUUGGCCGCCGUGGUCAAAAUGGAUACCACAGUCGCUAUCAGAGCAGACAGAGGAACAGGCGUCAGUCCAACAUGGAGGCUGAGGCCGCUGAUGAGCAAACGGCCGACCCAGAUCUUACGUCGUCCAUGAAGAAGAAACGCUCGUACUCCAAGUGUAGAGACUGCAUAGCACGUGUGCAGAGAUUCCUUGUGACCAGGUUGGGAGAAGACUGGAUCUUCCUGGUUCUGUUGGGCAUCACGAUGGCUCUGGUCAGCUGGACGAUGGACUACGCCAGUGCAAAGAGCCUGGAGGCCUAUAAAUGGAUUCAUGGGGAGCUGAGGGGGAACAUCCCGUUACAGUACCUGGCCUGGGUUUCAUAUCCCCUGCUGUUCAUCCUGUUCUCCUGCCUCUUCUGUCACCUGGUUUCUCCUCAAGCAAUCGGCUCUGGUAUCCCAGAGUUGAAGACCAUCCUGAGAGGUGUGGUGCUGAAGGAAUAUUUGACUCUCAAGGCUUUUAUUGCUAAAGUCAUCGGUCUGACCGCGGCCCUGGGCAGCGGCAUGCCUGUGGGCAAAGAGGGCCCGUUCGUUCACAUCGCCAGUAUCUGUGCUGCAGUUCUCAGCAGGUUCAUGUCCUUCUUCUCAGGAGUUUAUCAGAAUCCAUACUGUUACACAGACAUCCUAACAGUGGGCUGCGCUGUCGGAGUGGGCUGCUGCUUCGGUACUCCCCUUGGAGGUGUGCUCUUCAGUAUCGAAGUAACAUCCACGUACUUUGCCGUGAGAAACUACUGGAGAGGAUACUUUGCUGCCACGUUUAGUGCCUUCAUAUUCAGAGUCUUAUCCGUGUUUAACAAAGACGCAGUGACCAUCACUGCUCUGUUCAGGACAAACUUUCGCAUGGAUUUCCCAUUUGACCUGCAGGAGCUGCCAGCAUUCGCCAUCAUCGGGAUUUCCUGCGGCUUCCUGGGGGCGUUCUUCGUCUAUCUCAACAGACGCGUGGUGCUGUUCAUGAGACGACCCAACGCUAUGACCCGCUUCCUGACUAAACAUCGUCUUGUAUUUCCUGCUGUGGUAACGCUGCUCAUUGCCACCUUGACCUUCCCGCCCGGGUUUGGACAGUUCAUGGCAGGAGAGCUGAUGCCCAGGGAGUGCAUCAACUCUUUGUUUGAUAACUUCACAUGGACGAAGAUUUCGGGAUCCCCUCCUCCGCUCGGUCUGGGCCGCUCGGUCGCCUGGCUGCACCCUGAUGUCAGCGUCUUCAUCAUACUGCUGCUCUUCCUCAUCAUGAAGUUCUGGAUGUCUGCCGUGGCCACCACCAUGCCCAUUCCAUCUGGAGCCUUCAUGCCCGUCUUCAUACUGGGAGCUGCGUUUGGGAGGCUGGUGGGGGAGAUCAUGGCCACUCUGUUUCCUGACGGGAUCGUGUUUGAUGGCAUCCUUUACCGCAUCAUCCCUGGAGGGUACGCAGUCAUCGCCUCUCUGGCCCCUCCAGUUGUCACUCGUUGUCAUGUUGUCCUCGCCACCUCAUCUUCCUCUUCUCCCUCG